GGCAGGUACACAGAGAAGCGGAGCCGGAAGAACGAGCAGGUCGACCGACAGUAACUUUCCUCCACAGUGACUCCUCCAGGCAUUUCCGCUAAAAUUUCACAACUCUUAUUCUUUUCUUCUUCUUUAAAAAAAAGAACUACACAUAUAUAUUUAUAUUUAUGAGAGCGCGGCAAACAUGACGGAGCCGGGAAAGAAGUGGAUCCUGAUCGCGGUGGACGUGCUGUGUGUGUUUGUCGACAAACGGAUUGACAAAUCACGUUGAAGGUUUCGUGUGACGAGUUCUUUCAGCGCCGCGUCACCCGACACGUCGCCCCUCCGUUCCUCUGUGUAUCAGAGGGGGAGACGGGAGGAAGGAGCGGAGGAGGAAACCCGACUGAUUCAUCCAUGACCGCUCUGCCGUCGGCCAUCUUGACUCUGACGUUCAGCCCGUACCAGAGAGAAAUCUACUGCCACGACGAGAGCAUCAGCUACCCGUACCGCAGGGACACCAUCUCACACGGGGCCAUGGCCGCCGUCACCAUCACCUGCUCCAUCGUCAUCAUCACCACGGGCGAGGCCUACCUGGUGCACACCAAGCGCCUACACUCCAACUCCCAGUUCAACCAGUACCUGUCGGCGCUCUACAAGGUGGUCGGCACCUACCUGUUCGGCGCCGCUGUCAGCCAAUCGCUGACCGACCUCGCCAAGUUCACCAUCGGGCGCCCCCGGCCCAACUUCCUGGCCGUGUGCGGCCCGGUGAGCUGCAGCGGCUACGUGCUGCAGAUCAACUGCACCGGCUACCACCGCAACGUCACCGAGUCCAGGUUGUCGUUCUACUCCGGACACUCGUCCUUCGGGAUGUACUGCAUGCUCUUUUUAUCGCUCUACGUGCAGGCCCGGAUGCAGGGCAAGUGGACGCGCCUCGUGCGGCCCACCAUCCAGUUCUUCCUGGUCGCGUUCUCCUUCUACGUGGGUUACACGCGCGUGUCCGACUACAAGCACCACUGGAGCGACGUGGUGGUGGGGCUCCUGCAGGGGGCGCUCAUCGCCGUGCUCACCGUCCGCUACGUGUCGGACUUCUUCAAGGAGCGCCCCGCGCUCUGCGCGCGCACCGACGCGGCAGAGAUCGAGCACUUGGAGCGGAAGCCGAGCCCGCAGCCGCCGGACCCGCAGCCCGGAAACCACCACUUCGCCUACUCCGGCCCCGUAUGAGCCACCGCGGGGAGCCACCAGGGGGCGCCCUCACGAGACCCGGGCCGGACUCAGAGAACCACGCCACAGCUACAACUCCCAGAACCUGUUGGAACAGCAGCGUGUGCGUGUGCGUGUGCGUGUGUGUGUGUGUGACGAGUUGUUCUGUUCAAAAGGUGCAAUCACGUUUUUUUUCCUCAAUUUUGUGCUGCUUUUAUGAAACAAACAUUUCAGAUUUGUGGCGGAGACCGCUAAAGAGAUCUGUAAAUAAAAAAUACAACCAACACCACAAAAGGAAAUCCUUCUGACCUUGCAGAGUGACGUGACCUUGGAGACUGCGUGUGUUAUAUAAGACUUUAUUAUCUUACACUGGAGCUGCUCACACAUCUUCUCCUGCCGCGUAACUAUAAACACACAUGAUUUUCUUUGAAUAGCGCCAUUUUUAUUUUUGUUUAUAACUUCUGUAUCUAAUAAAAGAAAAGUGUAGAUUUUUUUAAAGAAUGCAUCACCACUAUGCUGUGACGUUAACAUUGUUCUGGAUGUUUUGUUGUUUUUCUUCUUCGUUGGUGUACACAAACUUACCUUCCAAGGAAAAAGGAUGGCCGGAGACACACGGAGACGUUCCAUGGACAAUAACUUUAUAUUUUGGUUUUCUUGUGUCUGUGAACCCACCGUUCCUCUCCCGAGCCCGUCUUCCUUUGUCCUCUAUCGUUCCAGAUGUAACCGUGUUGUGAAACUGCACAUAAUGUACUCUUCUCUAUAAAUAUUAGCCGGCG